AGUUGAGAGUGAAACUAGGUCAAGGGUCAGAGGUAAUGCCACAUUUCUCAUUUGGGGACAGGAAGCGGGGAUCAGUUUGUGUCUUCUCAGAAAACUUUGGCUGUAUCACAGGAUCUACGCAGUGAUCUACGACGUUGCCACAGGAUGAAUUAAGGUGCGUUACCUCUUGGAGAAGACACUAUCGUAUAAGUGAAGGUUCAGCUUGGACGACGAGUGAGACAAAAUACAAAUCGUACAAAGUGGAGGAGCGAGUGAGACAAAAGACUGACCCGUUCGCGAAAUCUUUGGUUGAUUUAGCAACGCAUUGAUUACGACUGAAAAAAAAAGAAGCACUCUGGUGAGAGAUACAAACCAACAUGGCAGACAAAAAUGACCCAGAGGUAAAGUACCGUCAGAUUAGAAAUAAGAGACUUCCAGAGGAAAGGAACCACAGGGGCAUGCGAACUCUCUCCUAUCACGAGGCUGUUAACUUCAACCAUUUUGAUACACGGUAUGACGAGAAUGGGCUGGUCGAUCCUGUCAGCAGGAUAGAAGGAGGCAUGCCAUUGGACAUGACGGAGUGCAGGGACUACAGAAAGAAGGAAUGGAAGUACAAGGAAAGUGCCAAGACAUUCAUACCCAUCAGAUCAAGCCCAAACAGCCGUCCGUGAACCCAGUUGACGAUGCAGGCCUGCUGUCCUUCAUGACCUUCUCCUGGCUGACUCCUUUGAUCAAAAUGGCGUACAAGGGGAAACUGACUCUGGAGAACGUCUGGCACCAUUCACCACAUGACAGGGCCGAGCAAAACUAUAAAAGAUUUGAGAGGCUCUGGAAGGAGGAGGUUGAGAGAGUCGGGAUGAAGAAGGCAUCGCUGCCCCGAACCAUCUGGAGGUUCACUCGGACCAGGAUCCUCAUGAGCUAUCUCACCAUCAUGAUCUGUAUGAUAGGUGCAUUUCUAGGGCCUGCCUUUGUCAUCAGGAACCUCCUGAUUUAUGCUGAGUCCAGGGAGGUGAACUGGCCACUGGGAGUUGGGUUGGUUGUUGCCAUGUUUGUAACAGAGAUGUCCAGAUCUGUGUUUUUUGCAGCGACUUGGUCCAUUAGUUACCGCAGUGCCACAAGAGUAGUGGGGGCCGUCCUGACUCUCAUCUUCACCAAGAUUACACGACUGAGGAGCUUAAAGGACAAGACAGUAGGCGAGUUGACGAAUCUGUGUGCUAAUGAUGGACAGCGACUGUUUGAUGCCACAUCUUUCUUCAUCCUGAUGUGCGGAGCUCCGUUAAUAUUUGUCUUGGGUUUCUGCUACACGUUUUACCUGAUCGGCCCAGCAGCGCUGCUGGGGUGUUCCAUGUUUAUCCUGUUCUACCCUUUUCAGGCAGGGAUUUCUCGACUAACUUCACGCCUCAGAAGACGAUGCAUCGCAAUCACUGACAGACGUGUGAGAACCAUGAACGAGAUUCUCACUUGUGUCAAACUGAUCAAGAUGUACGCCUGGGAGAUGGCGUUUGGGAAGGCUGUCAGUGCUGUAAGAAGUGACGAGCGGAAAGUUCUUGAGAAGGCUGCUUACGUACAGAGCUUCAGCAUUUCCACAUCUCCACUUGUGCCAGUUCUGGCCAGUAUUUUGACUAUUGUUCUACAUGUUAUGACUGGGAAUGACCUCACAGCAUCACAGGCCUUUACGGUGUUGGCUCUUUUCAAUGCCAUGCGUUUCGCGCUGGCGUCUCUUCCCUUCUGUGUUAAAGCACUAGCUGAGAGCAGAAUAGCACUACAGCGUGUAAAGGUAAUUAUCAUGAUGCUAUGGAAGCCGGACAGGUUGAAUAUUUGCGUCU